GAUUCAAGUCAACAUGAAGUCAAAUCUUCUUCUUAGAUGAUUUAAAGAUUAAAAGAGAUGUUUUUAACGAUAUGAUAUAGCACGAAAUAUUCUAUCGUAAACAAGUUUGAUAUGACUUUUGAUACGGUUUCGUAAACCGUUCAACUGCUACAAUCAGCUGGUAGGUAAUUGCUGUUUACAAACAUUCGUACAAAUUUCGGAUGAAGGAUGAAUCCUACACUGGGAAAUGGGGAUUGACAACUUCCAACGUUUAAAGUAGCUGAAGAAGCCUCUGAGGUUAGGUGAUGGGCUUUUGGCAGUUCAUCGAAACUAAGUAGCCCAAUAGCUAGACGGCCGAGAUCUUAGCCCAAACUAAGCCUCGCGGCGGACUGUCGAGUGUCGUCUCGUCUCGUCUCGUCGACCUCAGAAAACCUCGAUUCAAUUAGGGUUUCGCAGCGUCUGUGAACAAAUGUAUAUAACUCCCCGAUCUACCAAGGCUGCCCACAGCUGAAAUUGUUUUGCCUGCCGCUCCAAAGGUUUGAUUUCUCUUCCUCUCCGUCUCCGGUUGCCUCUUUUCUCCGUAUUUUAAAAAAGCUACGAGCAUCGAUGAUGAGAAAACCGGAAUCGUCAUCCUUGCACUUUGAUUACUAGUGAAGAUAACAAUUGGGGAUUUUUUACUUCUCUGAGAUGCUCUCUUGUUUUCUCCUCUUACCUUUGAAAAUUCUUUUUUCAUUGGAUCGAUGAUGAUGUUAAUACUAUACUGCGUUAUCUAUCUGCAACUACACACUUCCGUGUAUAUUGAAGAUAACUGUAAUCUCCUGAGAUCCAUUACAGCCUUUUUCUUUUUGAAUUUGUUUGUGUGGCUCUGUGAAUUGGGGGCUGUUUAACGAGGGAUCUAUGAUGUGAUCAAUCUCAAUACAAACUAUAACUUCCGAAUUCGAUUGAGGAAAUCAAUUCUAUCCUGAGAUCCCCCAAAUCCCCCCGUUCACAAAAUUUCCAGAAAAGGUUUGAUCUUUUUCCCACCUUGGGUCGGUUCUUGGCAUAUACGGCCACUGUUAAUUUCUAAACAGAACCCAACAUUCAUUGGAAGGGAAAGACACGAAAGGGGGAAUGAAUCUUCGGUCUUGCCAUAUUAGUCCUAACGCUACCGCUCCAUAGCUAUCGUGGACGAACCAAAUCCACAAGUGCAUUGCAGUGUUUCCUUUCUGCGCCACACGUUCAUUCCCCCCUGACAAAUACAAAUAUGGACUCUGCGCAAGAUAAAUUCUAAAACUUUGCAUUGCCCAACAAGCCAAAGAGCCACCUCUGCUCAUUACUUAAAGGGUGGGCUUUGCUCAACUCACCAUUGCUUUCUGUUCUCACUUGUCACACCAUUUUACAGACCCUGAAAAGACACUCAAAGAUGGGUAUGGUUCUGGGAAGGAUCACUGUCGAAACACCAAAGUACGAGCUCAUCAAAGCCUGCAGCGAGUACGAGAUCAGGAAAUAUGCUCCAUCAGUCUAUGCGCAGGUCACAUACAACCCAUCUCAGUUCAAGGGCAACAAGGAUGGCGGGUUUAUGCUGCUGGCAAAUUACAUAGGCGCUCUCGGGAACCCACAGAAUGCCAAGCCGGAGAAGAUCGCAAUGACUGCACCCGUCAUCACCAAAACCGCUGCCGGUGAAGGUGAGAAGAUUGCCAUGACCGCCCCCGUGGUGACCAAGCAAGAAGGCGGUGGGGAGAUGGUGACCAUGCAGUUUCUUCUGCCAGCCAAGUAUCAGAAGGCGGAGGAGGCACCGAGGCCGGUUGACGAGAGGGUUGUGAUUGGGGAAAUUGGCGAGAGGAAGUAUGGAGUGAUGAAGUUUUCUGGUGUGGCGAGUGAUGCGGUGGUGGCUGACAAGUUGCAGAAGCUUAAGGAGAGCUUGGAGAGAGAUGGGUAUAAGAUAGUCGGAGAGUAUGAGCUUGCUAGGUAUAAUCCGCCUUUUACUCUUGCUCCUUUCAGGACUAACGAGAUUAUGAUCCCAAUCGAAUGAAUGAGAGCCCUUUAGUAUUGGUGAUUCGCAUAUCCUCCUGCGUUGUAAUGAGAUAGAUGACACCACAGUUAUAUGCUUCAGCUAGUUGUACUCUUAUGUUCUGUUGUUCUAAAGAAUAAAGCAAUCAUCUUUCACAGUUCUAGUAUUGAUCUCUCUGAGCAUUUGGUAGCUGGUUAAGAAGCAAAACAAUCAAAUAGCUUCAUUCAAGAGUUUCUCUAGUCUCUAAUUGAUGACCAAGCUAGCUAUAUGUGGUUGAUAAUAAUAAUGUCCUCUACCCAAUAAAGCUCACGCAGCUAUAUCACAAUUCACAAGCCAAGGAACAUAGUCUCAGUAAGGUGCAGAGAAAGUUACAGUCUGCAAGAUUGAUCAACACUCAAACACAUAACUCUGCAAUAUCUCUUAACCAGAAACAAGCUUGAUUACGAUGAUGAGGAUGUUGAGGAUGAUAAGCGGCAAUCUCAUGAACUGGCAAGCAUGAAUGAGUCCAAUUAUCUGGCCCUUGAGUGAACUUCUUCUCCCAGCUUGAAGCUCUGCAAGCGUCCAUCCCCUUGGGGCAAGAAAUCUAUCCUCGUUCAGAAUCGCCAUCGCGUUUGCCAGUAGCAGCAAUCCUUCCAUGAAUGUCCAAAAUCCCAUCUUCUUUUCCCUCUUAUUCUUCCUGCACCUCAUAAGAAGAAUGAUACAAUAUCAAUUACACAAAGCUGAAUGAGACCCACUAUCAAUUACCACUGGACUCACCAAUCGGCUAUAUGAAAUUAUGAUUACUUAAGCAAUUAGAACACAAGACUGCUCCAGUUCGAUAAGAUCAAAAGCAUAGCAAAUCAACACUCAACGCAUCGCCACAAACUAAAAUGGUUUCGGUAAAUUCCCUCGGGGUCGAGCUCGAUUGCAUUGGGCAUGUACCCAGAAAGCUAAAUAGAUUAUCUAACUGAUUAGCCGCCGGCGGAGGGACGAUUCUCCGAUUGGGAAUGAUUCAAAAGAAGCAGCGGUUUUCACUUGAAUGGAGCUGGGGGGGGGGGGGGGGGGGGGGGGGGAAACCCUUUUUGAGAGAGAGGGUCAGAGAAAUUCUCACCGGAAAACAAGAAGGAAUCGGCUCAGACGAUAUAGCUCCGAUGGCAGCUUUUCCCUCCUCUGCGCUUUCAGCAGCAGUCUGUUGUUGAAGCUCGGAUCGGAGAAGGAGAACGAACGAGAUCCGCGGGAGCACGAAUCUCAGAGAACCAAAGAGGAAGAAACUGGAGAGCGAGGC